GCUGAGAAACCCGUUUGCCCAUUAAGAGAAGCGUGUUAAGUGGUUUUAGGUUGGAUGAAAGUGCUGUAAGCCCACAACUACACAAUUUUGACGUAUAACCGGAUAUCAAGGAGAUGAAUAAGGAAAUCAAUCAAUCAACAUUAAUCUCUGCUAUUUUGCUGCUCAUACCAGUAAAUGCAAUCAUAUCAGUAAAUGCAUUCCCUGUAUAGAAUCACUCAUUUAGGCUUGAUUAUAGCUGACAGUUUGUAUAUAUGUAUAUUGUAAUCACAAUAAGAAAUAUGCUUUUAUGCGCAUCUCACUACCAUUCAUACUCUGAUUUUAUCAUCUUCUUGCUCUUCUGCUUCCUCCAUUCCUUCCGACAUGUGGAAUUACCUUUUUAUCCCCAUCCUCAUCUACCUCUCAAAAGAAUUCUCCCUCCCCAAAGCCCAUUCCACCUUCCUUCUCCCGAGUCAGCGCUCGGAUGAUUCCUCCACUGACUCACUGACUUCUGUCCCGAGAUGUCCGGCGGUUGACCCCAAUCUCAAUUACAGGCCGGUGGUUGGCAUACUGAGCCAUCCAGGGGACGGCGCAUCCGGUAGGCUCAACAACGCCGCUACCGCCUCCUUCAUUCCAGCUUCGUAUGUGAAGUUCGUCGAGUCGGCCGGCGCUCGCGUUAUUCCUCUUAUUUAUAACGAGCCACCGGAGACUCUUUUGGAAAAGCUUCAAUUGGUUAAUGGUGUGCUCUUCACUGGAGGGUGGGUUGCGAGUGGUUUGUACUUCGAGACUCUUCAACGGGUUUUUAAGAAAGUUUUGGAGAAGAAUGAUGCAGGAGAGCAUUUUCCCUUAUAUGCUAUUUGUUUAGGAUUUCAACUUGUAUCGAUGAUUGUAAGCAAGGACAGAAAUAUUCUUGAAAGAUUCAGUGCUGCAGAUCAAGCAUCUACCCUCCAAUUCAUGAAAAACAUUAAUAUUGAAGGAACUGUGUUUGAAAGAUUUCCUCCAGAUUUGUUGAAAAAGCUGGGUACAGAUUGCCUUGUCAGGCAAAACCAUGUUGCGGUAACUAUUACACAAGCAAUUUCAUUUUGUUUCUUCAAGAUCUUGACAACAAGUGCAGAUGAAAAUGAUAAGGUCUAUGUCUCUACAGUCCAAGCUCAUAGCUAUCCCGUGACUGCCUUCCAAUGGCAUCCAGAGCAAAAUGCUUUUGGAUCGGGCUCAUCAGUGAUUCCACACUCCGAGGAUGCAAUUCAAGUGACCCAAAAUGUUGCGAACUUUUUUAUCAGUGAGGCUAGGAAGUCACUGAAUAGGCCACCCACUACAAAAGUGCUUGACAACCUCAUAUACAAUUACAGCCCCACUCAUUCUGGGAAAGGGUACGCUGAGGUCUACAUCUUCACAUAGAUUUGAGGACAUCUUUACUAAAUAUAAAUGUUAUGAUAUGAACAUCCUAUAAUAAGUAUACUUUGUUGGACAUUUAUACUGUUGUCAUUUAUGAAGUAUGUGCCACGUAGAUUAGUUGAUGUAUGCAAUAAUAUGGGCUGUCAAAUAGUUAAAGUGCAGCCUCGUUCACUUGAAGAAUCUCUCAACCGAUUGUGGAUGAGUGGUGAGGAAGAGUGAAGGGAGAAUAUUGUAUUCAUGAAUUAUGUGAAUGUGUGUAUUGUGUGUGAAAGCAAUUUGGUUGUUCCUUGUUUCGUUAAGACUAGUUAAUACCCGGGCAAUGCUCGGGCCUUUGAAAUUAAAAAAAUAAAAUAAAAAUUUAAUA